CCCACUUCCUCCGCUCCGCCUCGGCCGAGGGACCCGCACCGGCGAGCGGCGCCUCCCGGGGUCUGCGGCGGCGGCUCCCGAGCGGGCGGGCGGCAGCGGAGGAGCGGCGGCGGGCGAGCCCGGUGGCGGUGGCAGCCGACGCUCCGAAGCCCCGCGGCCAGGUUCGCGUGCCCGCUGCCCGCAUGGACGCGGCGCUGAAGCGGAGCCUCUCGGAGGAGCCGGCUGAGCUCCCGGCGUCCGCCCGGGACUUGGAGGAGGAGGAGGAGGAGGAAGAGGAGGACGAGGGGAUGGAGCAAGAGCUGGAGGAGGAAGAAGAGGUGGACCCCCGCAUCCAGGGAGAAUUGGAGAAGUUAAAUCAGUCCACGGAUGACAUCAACCGACGGGAGACUGAACUUGAGGACGCUCGGCAGAAGUUCCGCUCUGUUCUGGUUGAAGCGACGGUGAAACUGGACGAGCUGUUGAAGAAGAUCGGCAAAGCCGUGGAAGACUCGAAGCCCUACUGGGAGGCGCGGAGGGUGGCGAGGCAGGCUCAGCUGGAAGCGCAGAAGGCCACGCAGGACUUCCAGAGGGCCACGGAGGUGCUGCGCGCCGCCAAGGAGACCAUCUCCCUGGCCGAGCAGCGGCUGCUUGAGGACGACAAGCGGCAGUUCGACUCGGCCUGGCAGGAGAUGCUGAAUCACGCCACCCAGAGGGUCAUGGAGGCAGAGCACACCAAGACAAGGAGCGAGCUGGUGCACAAGGAGACGGCAGCCAGGUACAACGCGGCCAUGGGCCGCAUGCGGCAGCUGGAGAAGAAACUCAAGAGAGCCAUCAACAAAUCCAAGCCUUAUUUUGAACUCAAGGCAAAGUACUACAUGCAGCUUGAGCAACUAAAGAAGACCGUGGACGACCUGCAGGCCAAACUGGCCCUGGCAAAAGGCGAGUACAAGACGGCCCUGAAGAACCUGGAGAUGAUCUCGGACGAGAUACACGAGCGGCGGCGCUCCAGCGCCAUGGGGCCUCGGGGCUGCGGCGUGGGCGCUGAGGGCAGCAGCACAUCUGCAGAGGACCUGUCCGAGAGCAAACCCGAGCCAGAUGCUGUUUCUGUGGCCUCCGAGGCCUUUGAAGAUGACAACUGCAGCACCUUUGUGUCUGAAGAUGACUCGGAGACCCAGUCUGUGUCCAGCUUUAGUUCAGGACCCAUGAGCCCAUCUGGGAUGGCCGACCAGUUUUCUGCAGUUGUGAGGCCCGGCAGCCUGGAUCUUCCCAGCCCUGUGUCCCUGUCAGAGUUUGGAGUGAUGUUUCCAGUAUUAGGCCCUCGCAGUGAAUGCAGUGGGGCCUCCUCCCCGGAGUGUGAGGUGGAACGAGGAGACAGAGCAGAAGGGGCAGAGAAUAAAACAAGUGACAAAGCCAACAACAAUCGGAGUCUUAGCAACAGCAGCAGUGAUGGUGGCAAGAGCCAGAGCAGCACCUCCCCUGAGGGCCAGGCCUUGGCAAACAAGAUGAAGCAGCUCUCCCUCCAGUGCGCAAAGGGACGAGAUGGGAUUAUUGCUGACAUAAAAAUGGUGCAGAUAGGCUGAUCCCACCAAGAUCCUGGCCCCAGUGCACACCACUAUUUAUAUGAGAAACUGAUUGGAGAACAUUGUGCCAAUAACCCUUUAAUAUAUGCCAAAUCGUAAGUGUUUACUCUGAACUGCACCAGGGAGGUUUCAGAGACCUUAAGGCUGAGGAUUUUUCCUCUGGUAAGAGCUCUUGGGCUGGUUUGUUUCUAGAGCAGAGUUGUUGCUGCAGGUGGGCUGUGACCAGGGCAGUCUUUGUGGAACAUUAACUGUAACAGUGUUAUGGAAGCAAUAACUAGUUCUCACAAAAGAACCCGAGCAAGAAAGGGCCUGGGAAGCUGAGCCCAACAGCUUGCUUCUCUCACCCCCAGCUGGGAAAAGAGAUGUUCCCUCCUUUUAUAUCUUAGGGCAUCUAAAUGAAAACAGAACGCAAGACAAAAUUCAGAUAUUCAGAACAUACCUUUUUGACCCAGUGAAGGCUUAAAAAAAAUCCAAGAACGUAAUUCAUUUUUUAUCAUCUCUGAUGUUCGAAAGGGGCUUUAAAAAAAGUAUGUAUGUUAAAACACCCAUUAACACCAUCUUCUAUAAAGGUUACCAUGAACUGCACUUUUUGGGGUGGGAAAGGUGAAUGCCAAUGUUGGGAUCGGGGUCGGGGAGGUGAGGGUAGCAAGGACAUAUCAUAGAAAGAGAUUUGUGGUUGGGGAAGAAAAGGUUCUAUAGCAUAAACCUUAGCCUACCAGCCAAGGGGACUUAUUCUAAGAGAAGUGCAUGUGACGAAUGGAUGCCACUGUUAUUCUAGAUUGACAAGGUGUUACUUUCUCUGUAGGUUGUAACUUUAAAAAUUACUUAAGGGUUAUGCUACACUAGUAUUUCUUAGAGGAAACUGUCUCUUAAAGCUAGGAAAGGGAGUAGGCAUGUGUUGGCAAAGGCUGUUAAAUAGAUGCAAUGGAGUCUGUUAUUCUAAUAGUAAGACUGCUUUUCUUUAAUGUUUUCAAGGCUAUACAUAUUUAAGAGCACUGUAUUUUAUUUGUUUUAAAAGGAAAAAAGCAACCCCAUUUCAAGUUGUUCGUUAAUUCUGUCACAACUUGUAUGUUUUAGUCAUUUGUAAAUCUCUUCAUACUGUAGUGUUUUCUCCUUUUUUAAUGACUAAUACAGUAUCUUAAUUACAAGGUUAUUUUGUACUUGUCUUAAUACCUUGAGUGUAAUAAAAACCACUUAAGAAAAUGACAA